UUUUUUUUUUCUGUUUUUUCUUUGUAUAUUUUUGAUCAUGGACAAAAAUGUUCUUCAUGUUGUGCUCAAGUUUCCUUUCAAGAGACCUGUCGACUUUGUAGAACCACCAGCGGUAGUAUGGACUGAAGAAAUGGAGCAUCAACUAUGGAAAUAUAUGAAUCAAAAGCAUGCGGAUUGGAAUUACAUUGCUGAACAACUUGGGGUGCCUACACCGUAUUUAGUUCGACAUGCAGCGUUUUUAUAUGAAACACAAUUGAGGGGAAUACAACAGCAGUUACGACUUCAAAAGCCAAUGAAUACUACAACAAUGAACACAACAAUGAACACAACAAUGAAUACAACAAUGAACACAACAAUGAAUACAACAAUGAACACAACAAUGAAUGCAACAAUGAAUACAACAUCGGGUCAAGGUGAACCAAGUAGACCAAGCUCAUCACAACGAUCGACAUUUAAAUCUGAACAAGCGCUAUCAACUGUAGAUCAACCACAGAUACCAAAUAAUGAGACUGAUUCUAUGAUGCUCUCUGCAAUAUCCAACAUUUCACCCAGAAACAAAGCCAUCGAACCCAGUCAAUCGUCUAUCUAUACCAGCUGUACAAGUCAACAACCACAACAGGAGGAAUCGCUAGAAAAACAGGACAAUAAUAAUAAUGAUGAUGAUGAUGAUGAUGAUGAUGAUGAUGAUGAUGAGGGAGAAUUUAGUAGACAUUUUGAAAAGAUGAAGCUUCAAUUGGAGGAACCAGCAUUUUUACCAUCAAGGAAAACAGAAGGAUCAUUAUUACUUAACAGUCUGCGUGGGUCUAUCAAAAAGGUGAAUGACACAAAUGCACCAAGCAAACAAGAUCAUGGCAAAGCAAAAAUGGUAUUUGGACCUAAUUUAUCACGCGCUCAACCUUUGGUAGAAGAGGCAAAUAUUGAUUCAGUGGGAUCAUCUUUUAGUGACUUGUCAGAUUCAUCAGUGACUCAAUCGGCUAUGGAAGAUGCGCUCAUGUCAAAACUGAAUAAUGGAUCAAAAAUGUCAUCGUUGGCAUUCUCUAGAAAAUAUACCUGAUUUUGUUAUUUAGCUAUCGUAUAUCAUGAAAUAAACCUUCUUUUUUUUUUGCGAAAUAACGUCUCCAGG